AUGGCAGAUCCCACACCCCAGACCAACGGCAACUAUCCUCAACCUCAGGUCCAACGCGAGGAUGGCUAUGACAACUACCGCAACCCCGGCGCAACACAGAAAGACAUCGCCUUUGCCCGUCUGCCCGAUAACCCAGAAACGCUCCUCCACGACGAGAUCUACCCCGACGAUGCAUUUAAGAAUCAGGUCUACUGGGCAGACCUUCCAGCCAAGGAACGCACCAAAUUCAUCAACGCGCAGAUGAACGCCGAAACCCUCCGCGAGCUCAAACUCGUUUGGAACAUGUUCAAAGAAGAUCCCCUCGAACCCAUCUUUUCAUACUGCAGAAACUUCGUCAUCACCGGCGUGGGGUUCUUCACAGAGGGAUACGUCCUUUUCAGCGUUGGCAACAUCCUCCCACUGUUCGAGAGUACCUACCCACAAUGUUUCCGUAACUAUGACGUCUGCAAUAAAGUCUGGGUUCAGGCCGCAAACUACCUCGAAAUUGUCGGUAUCAUCUUUGGACAAUGCGUGGUGGGCGUGACGGGAGACUGGAUCGGACGACGAUGGGGACUGAUUCAGGAUGCGACGGUGAUGUUUAUUGGCAGUUUGAUGCUGACAGGAAUGUGGGGUACGAGUCUUUAUGGCUGGACGGUCAUGUAUGCGAUUAGCUUGUUGGUGUUUGGAUUUGGGGUUGGUGGGGAGUAUCCCAUGACCAGUACGAGUGCGAUGGAGGGAGUGCAUGGGAAGGGGAGCACGAAGGCGGAUCGGUUGCAUCGAGGGAGGAGCGUGCUUUUGGCGUUUUUGAUGCAGGGAUGGGGCCAACUCGCCAACCAAGCAACCCUCAUCAUCCUCAUGCUCAUCUUCCACCAUGGCGGCAAUCCACCUUACUCGAACGCGAACACCCAAGAAGUCUUCCGCCUCGGCUUCUUCUUCGCCGCCGUCUUCGUCCUCUACUUUCUCUACCUCCGCAUCUACCACAUGAAAAACGUCGACCACUCCCUCAAAACCUCCCGCUCCACCUCCAACGUCACGGGCUACGACAUCGACUCGCUCAAGCUCACAAUGUCGCACUACUGGCACCGCGUCUUCGCCACGAGCGUCUGCUGGUUCUGCAACGACUUCCCGUUCUAUGGAAAUCAGAUUUUCAGGAGUCUGUUGAUUUCCCUGAUUACGACCGAUUCUAACCAGGUCUUCACCUACUGGCUCUGGAAUCUCAUUAACGUCGGCUGCGAACUCGCGGGCUACUACAUGGCUGCUUUCCUCGUCGAUCACAAGUCUUACGGACGCAAGACGAUGCAAGGAGUGGGUUUCUUGAUGAGCUUCAUCCUCUUCAUCAUCGCAGCCGCCGCCUACGACGAUAUCCACACCGCGCCCUUCACCCCCGGCGCCCAGGGCUUCAUCUUCAUCUACUUCUUCUCCUCCUUCUGGAUCCAAUUCGGCCCCAACUCCACCACCUUCCUCGUCGCCGCCGAAGUCUACCCCGCCCAAAUCCGCUCCACCGCCCACGGCCUCUCCGCCGCCGUAGGAAAACUCGGCGCCCUGACCUCCACCGUCCUCUACAACUACAUCCCGACCCGCACGAAAUUCUGGGUCGUGUGCUGGUUCGGUCUGAUAGGGUUCACAUUGACCAUGAUCUUCAUCCCCGAUACCACCGGCAUGGACCUCCGCGAGCAGGAACGCUACUGGUCCUUCGUGCGCGCAGGGCGACAGAACGACUACCACGGCAUCGCCGUGCACCCGCGCCAUCUCUCGCUCUUCGAGCGCGUCGUGCUCAAGCGCCAUCUGCAGUACGACGCGGCCAAGGAUCGGGACAUGAAGAUCCAGGAACUGAGAGAUCUGUACGAGAAGGUCGAGGGGGCGAGGGGCAAGGAGUUUUAUGGGCGGCAUGAGGGCGGGGAGAGUGUUAGUGAUAAGGUUAGUGCGUAUUUUGAGUGGGAGAGGGGGCGGAGGAGUCAUGAGGGUGGGGCAGCGAGUACGUUGGGUGGGGAGGAGGAGAAGGAGAGGGAUGAGUAG